CACGCGACUUGUUGGACUGUCUUUCCAGAACGGCCUAGUGCGGCGCGUACCUGCAUCGUAAGAGCAUCCCUGUCGGCACGGUUUCCCCAGAUUUGGUGUCUUGGCAUUAUGUAACGAUCCAGCCACUCCGCUUCAACUUCGGGAUGAAAGCACUUUGCGCCGUUAAUUUGGCGCUGUGCACUCACAUCGACCUCAUCAUUGAGGCGCAUUGGUCCCCAUUCCUUAUUCCGUUAUUGGAGAUUCUUGAAGUGUUUCCAUCGCAUCUACAGUGUGGCCUACGCUUACUUCAAAGCCCGCUGUUGUCUCGGAGUCACCGGCACAUUCACGAUAUUUCUACCAUAUUCGCCACUACCAGCUUCAAGUUAACUGGACCACUCCCAGGUAGCACAAGAAUUCGCAUUGGGUCAUCCUCACUAGGAAAGAGCGAGGUACGGAAAGUAGGAGGGGCUGGACAUUCUCAGAUCGUGGACGGCUACGUCAUAGGCAAAAAAUGUUUCCUCCAUCGCAGGGCUUGCGCCUGGACAUUGAUGCCAUCAGUCAGAUAUGCGGAUCUGUUUCCAUCGCUUGUUGGAUAGUCGUUUUCUCACCGCAAAUUAUUGAGAACUGGAAGAGAGGUUCAGCAGAAGGCCUUUCCGUUGUCUUCAUCACAGUAUGGCUACUGGGUGAUUUCUUCAACAUUUUCGGUGCUGUCCUGCAAGGCGUGCUUCCGACAAUGACUAUCCUAGCCGUGUAUUACACCCUUGCGGAUAUCGUGCUGCUCGGACAGUACUUCUGGUACGAAGGCUUCCGCCUCACCGACCGAGUGGGUUCGAGAGAGGAGUCAGAGGAGGAAGAUGAAGAACCUACUGAACGCGCACCCCUCCUGUCGCCGUCGUUGAGAGAUAGACACGACCUCCCCGAGAACGGUUUCCACACACCACCCAGGAUCUCAGAUGCAGACGCACGUAGACGUGGGUCCGCACAUUCUGCAAACUCCUUUCGCGAGCGCUUCCUCUCCGUUUCAAGCAAUCAUCUCUCGCCCGUGACCCCACUGCUCGACGACCCCAGUUUAACGCCCAACAAGCCACCACCACGUACGCAGAAUCCCUCCGCGCUGCAAGCCGUAUUCUUCAACGUUGGCAUCAUCAUCCUCGUCUGUGCCUCCGGCGUCUUCGGUUGGUGGCUCUCCACAACGCGCUCCAGCGCGACCACACCCCCACCGACGGAGCCGUCGUCCGAAAAGCUGCAAUUCAAUCUCUGGGGUCAGAUAUUUGGUUACAUUUGUGCUGCACUCUACCUCGGCUCGCGCAUCCCGCAGCUCCUGCUCAACUACCGCCGGAAGUCUACCGACGGCAUCUCUAUGCUGUUCUUUUUGUUCGCUUGCAUAGGGAACCUGACGUAUGUCUUGAGCAUCGUGGCGUACAAGCCUUUGUGCAGGAAGCCAAAUCAUUGUCGGGAAGGAGAGGCUAUGAGCAUCUACGGGCGGUAUAUUGCGGUUAAUCUGAGCUGGUUAUUGGGGAGCUUUGGAACGUUGCUACUUGAUGCUGGGGUGUUCAUACAAUAUUUUCUGUACAGGAAGGAUGAAGACAGUGAUAGCGAGGAAGAGUCUGCGCGGUAGAUGCUGGCAAAGAGAGGUUGGAGUGAUUCGUGGUGGUCUUGAGGACAGCAAGAAAAACGGCUCUGGGUGUAUAUAUUUCGAUGCUAUCAAAAGUGUAAGGCAGGUUCUGCAUAUUGUCUUGAGUUUUUGUACAACACUGGAAUCGUGGUAGUGGUUAAAUAGCUGUAAUCAUAACGCGACUAUUAUGGCUUU